AUGGCCACGUUCGUCUCACGGUGGACGGGAGAGGACCAUCUCAUGAUCCAUAACUACGUGCAGAAGCUGAUCAGAGAUAUCGAUCCCGCUGUCGUAGUGCUCGAUAUGUUCCACCGGCCGGGAGUGGAUGCCACCCGUGGUGGUAAUCGCUUGCACGCCAUCUUGUCGCCGAACGUUUUGGCCGACGUGUUCGGUGGUGCACAGCCCUGGCUCAGAGGCUUUUGGAAAUUCCCGGCCCUUGGCUCCGGUCAUGACUUUCCUGUCCCGUGGCGGGACAUCCCCUCCAAUAUCUACCAGAUGGGUAGCUUUGCUUGGGCCAUGUUGUUCAAUCCGGAGCUCGUCGAGAAGCGCAAGUUCCUAGCUGGCCACGGUCUCGAGGACCCAAUUAGCUUUUUUACCAUUCACCAGCCCGGAAACGGUGUCUUCAUCUCCCAAGACACAGCUGCUGUAGCCAUUCCGCUCAAUUUAGUUCCAGCCAACGUCACCACAACAGGUCCUAUCGUGAUCUCGGUCGCCUCGGCAGCAGAGCAAGACCUCGAGCUAACGUUAUGGCUAAAGAGGGCCCCAACAGUGCUAAUUAACCUUGGUAGUUUGUUUGAAUACGAUGCGGACAGAGCAAGCAGCAUGGCCGGCGCAUUAGAGACCGUCCUAGGGCGCACGAAUGUGCAGGUUCUGUGGAAGUUGAAUAAAGCCCCGAGUCUUGAUGAUAAGGAUUGGAGGCCCGUUGUGGAGGAGUUCAUUACGAAUGAUAGGCUCAGAGUGUCAAAGUGGUUGACGGUGGAUCCAACUGCUCUACUCGAGACGGGCGAUAUCAUUGCAUCCGUCCACCAUGGCGGGGCAAAUUGUUACCAUGAAGCUAUCGCGUGA